AUGGCACAUACAGUUAACGGGUGCUCAUUGGCACUUAUUUUUAUCAUCAUGUGGCUGUUAGUUAAAGCAAAAAUAGAUGUGUGCAAGAGAGGGGAUGUGACUGUGCAGCCUUCCCAUGUAAUUUCACUUGGGUCAGCUGUCAACAUUUCGUGCUCUUUGAAGACCAAACAAGGCUGCUUGCAAUUCUCCAGUUUUAACAAGUUAAUCCUCUACAAGUUUGACAGAAGAAUCUAUUUUCAGCAUGGUCACUCCCUCAGCUCGCAAGUCACAGGUCUUCCCCUGGGUACAACCCUGUUUGUCUGCAAACUGGCCUGUAGCAGUAAUGACGAGAUUCGAAUAUGUGGGGCAGAGAUCUCCGUUGGUGUUGUUCCAGAACAGCCUCAAAACUUAUCUUGUAUACAGAAGGGAGAACGUGGGACCGUCGGCUGCACCUGGGAUAGAGGACAAGACACCCACCUGUAUACUGCCUAUACUUUACAGUUAAAUGGACCAAAAAAUUUAACUUGGCAGAAACAAUGUAAUGAUCCCUAUUGUGAUCAUUUGGACCUUGGAAUUAACCUACCCCCUGAAUCACCUGAAUCUAGUUACACAGCCAAGGUUACUGCUAUCAAUAGUCUUGGGAGUGCUUCUUCAUUUCCAUCCUCAUUCACAUCGUUGGACAUAGUGAGACCUCUUCCUCCGUGGGACAUCAGAAUCAAAUUUGUAAACGCUUCCGUGAGCAGGUGUACCCUUCAGUGGAGAGAUGAGGGGCUGGUGCUGCUUAAUCGACUCAGAUAUCGGCCCAUUAACAGCAGGUCCUGGAAUAUGGUUAAUGCCACAAAUGCCAAAGGAAGACAUGAUUUGCUGGAUCUGAAACCCUUUACAGAAUAUGAAUUUCAGAUUUCCUCUAAGUUACAUCUUUAUAAAGGUAGUUGGAGUGACUGGAGUGAAUCAUUGAGAGCACAAACACCAGAAGAAGAGCCUACUGGAACAUUAGAUGUCUGGUACAUGAGACAGCACAUUGACUGCAAUAGACAACAGAUUUCUCUUUUCUGGAAGAAUCUGAGUCUAUCAGAGGCAAAAGGAAAAAUCCUCCACUAUCGAGUGACCUUGCAGGAGGUAGCUGGAGGGAAAGCCACACUACAGAACAUCACAGAACACACCUCCUGGACCUGGGUCAUUCCCAGAACUGGGAACUGGGCUGUGUCCGUGUCUGCAGCUAACUCGAAAGGCAGUUCCUUGCCCACUCAUAUUAACAUAACGGACCUGUGUGGGGAAGGGUUGCUGGCUCCUCAACAGGUCUCAGCAAACUCAGAGGGCAUGGACAACCUCGUGGUGACAUGGACACCUCCGGGGAAAGCUGCCACUGCUGUGCAGGAGUAUGUGGUGGAAUGGAGGGAACUCCAUCCAGGGGCCAGUGCGCAGCCCCCUCUAGGCUGGUUGUGGAGUCCCCCCUACAACCUGUCUGCUCUGAUUUCAGAAAACAUAAAACCCUACAUCUGUUAUGAAAUCCGCGUGCAUGCACUUUCAGGGGACCAGGGAGGAUGCAGCUCCAUCCGGGGUAACUCUAAGCACAAAGCACCACUGAGUGGCCCCCACAUUAAUGCCAUCUCAGAGGAAAAAGGGAGCAUUUUAAUUUCAUGGAAUGAAAUUCCAGCCCGGGAGCAAAUGGGCUGCAUCCUCCAUUACAGGAUAUAUUGGAAGGAACGGGACUCCGAUUCCCAGCCUCAGCUUUGUGAAAUUCCCUAUAGGGUCUCCCCAAAUUCUCAUCCCAUAGACAGCCUGCGGCCCAGAGUGACAUACAUUCUAUGGAUGACAGCUCUGACAGCUGCUGGUGAAAGCCCCCAAGGAAAUGAAAGAGAAUUUUGUCUUCAAGGUAAAGCCAAUUGGAGCACAUUUGUGGCACCAAGCAUUUGCAUGGGUGUCAUCGUGGUGGGCGUUCUCUCAGUGCGUUGCUUCCGGCAAAAGGUAUUUGUUCUCCUUUUGGCCCUCAGACCUCAGUGGUGUAGCAAAGAAAUUCCAGACCCAGCGAAUAGCACUUGGGCCAAGAAAUAUCCCAUUGUGGAGGAGAAUACGCAGCUGACCUUGGAUAGGCUCCUGACAGACUGGUCCACUGCCGAGGAACCUGAGCCCCUGGUCAUCAACAAAGUCCUUCACCAAGUGACCCCAACCUUCAGACGUUCCCAUCACCCCAACUGGCCAGAAAAGGGACAAGGAGUCCAAGGUCACUAUACCUCUGAAGACACAGGAUACAGUGCCUCGAGCCCCCCACCUCCGAGAGCUCUCACAGCAGAGACAGGACAAGGGGUGGAUCUGUACAAGGUGCUGGGGAGCAAGGGCCCCGACUCAACGCCGGGAAACCCAGCCAGCCCCUCGACAGUCCUCCCAGUGGACUACCUUCCUGCCCAUGAGGGCUACUUACCCUCCAACAUAGAUUAUCUCCCUUCACAUGAGCCUCCCAUAACUGACCCUCAGGAAGAACUGCCUCAGCACAUCUCUCUUUCCAUUUUCCCCUCGAGUUCCCUUCACCCACUCACCUUCUCCUGUGGUAAGAAGUUGACUCUGGAUCAGUUAAAGAUGGGGUGUGGCUCCCUCAUGCUCUGA